CAUAUGCCCAGACUGGUCGGCCCCGGCGCCGGCAACGGUAACUCCCCGUCCUGCUGACAUGAUUCUAUUACUACGUUGUAUAUAAUUAUUUGUUUAUUUAUUUGAGCCCUUCAUACUUUAUAAUUUGUUUCCAUUUUGUUAUAGCUAUUUACAUCCCAUUUGUUAAAAACCAUUUUUAUUCACAGAAAUCAUAUCAAGUUCAUGCCUUUUUUUCUCCUGCCCUAGUUUCCACCAAUUAGUACUUUUAUAACUGAAUAGUAUUGUAAUCAUGUCUUCAAAGUAUGCAAAUAUUGUGAACCAAAUAUUGACUGCAAUCAUCCAAAACCGUCGAUUUGAUUCAAAUCUUGCUACCCCGUUACCUUUAAGCCAUCAUUUUUCAAACCAAGUGGUCGUCGAGGUAUUAAGAUCGAUACCGAGAUACUUUUUUCAGUCCACAAGAUCCAUUGGUCGUCAAACGGGCUUUAGACACCGAGCUCCUUUAAAACAAAGAAACCUUUAUGAAGAAACGGUUAAGUUUCGUAAAGGGGUGAUGGUACUUGGACCGGCUGCCUAUAGAGACCCGAAAAAAGUGAAGUUGGGAUUGGAUAAGGCUCUAGAGUUUUAUUAUUGGGUUGAAACACAAUGUGGGUUUAGUCAUAAUGAAAUGACUUGUAGAGAGAUGAGUAUUGUUUUGGCUAAAGGAAAUAGAUUGAAAGAGCUUUAUAGUUUUUUAAAGGAUAUGUCGAGAAGAAGUAGCGGUGGGCUAGUCACGACGGAGACCAUGACCUGUUUAGUUAAAGUGUUGGGAGAAGAAGGGUUGGUAAAUGAAGCAUUGGCUGCGUUUUACCGAAUGAAACAGUUUCACUGUAGACCGGAUGUUUGUGCGUAUAAUACAGUAAUUUAUGCGUUAUGUAAAGUUGGUAACUUUAAAAUGGCUAAGUUUUUGUUUGAGCAAAUGGAGUUGCCGGGGUUUAGGUGUCCACCUGAUACUUACACGUAUACGAUUUUGAUUAGUAGUUAUUGUAAACAUAGUUUGCAGACCGGGUGUAAGAAGGCUAUCAGGAGGAGAAUGUGGGAAGCUAAUCAUUUGUUCCGGAUCAUGCUGUUUAAGGGUUUUAAACCUGAUGUUGUAACGUAUAAUUGUUUGAUUGAUGGUUGUUGCAAGACUUAUAGAAUCGAGAGGGCUCUUGAAUUGUUUGAUGAUAUGCUCAAACAGGGUUGUUCUCCGAAUCGGGUUACUUACAAUUCGUUCAUAAGAUAUUAUUCAGCAACUAAUGAGAUUGAUAAGGCUAUGGAGAUGGUGCAACGGAUGCAAGAAUUGAACCAUGGGCAGCCCACUACAAGCUCGUAUACCCCUAUCAUCCAUGCUUUAUGUGAAGCGGGAAAAGCAUUAGAGGCAUGGGAGAAGCUAGUUGAAUUGGUUGAUGGAGGGUCGAUACCUAGAGAUUAUACGUAUAGAUUAGUUCAUGAAACAGUAAAGUCUUCUGGGAGGAUGGAUUUAUUAGAUAAUGAGAUUUGUGGAAGAAUUGAAGAUGGUAUCAAGAAUAGAUCUAAGCAAGUAAUGAAAGUGAAACCAGUUAUGUCUGCAAAGCCCCAAAUUAGUAUCGGUGAUAAUGGUGAUUUGGAAUAGUUCUGGUUCAUGGCGUGCUCUUACUGCUGUUCUGGAGAACCACAUGCAUUAAAAUGUGAAACGAUAAAACUGUCGCGGUUGCUACAGUGUGGAAUAUGCUUUCUGUUUUGCAGAUUCAGGUUCUACUUCAAAGGAAAGACAUCUUGUGAAGAUCAUCAUUGUUGCAUCACGUUUGCUAAAUAACCUUGUUGCAUAUGACCCUUGACGAGUAUUUUUUUAACGAGACGACAGCUCAUCUAGAUUUUGUAUUUGUACUUUUGGAUUUAACUAGUUGUACUUGUAAAAUGUAAAAGUUAAAGCAUGUCUGAACAUUCAUUUUAAGCGGCUAUUACAAUGAUACUGCAAGUA